GUUUUUCAAAACAACAGGCUGUCGUUGAAUAUAAUGCCAACAGCAACACUGCCAGUGACAUUUGUUGCUGUCACUUGUCUGUCACAGUCAUUCCGCCGAUGGCACUCUAGCUGUCACUUUGGUCAGUCUCGGAAUAAGUCUGUUUUUAUAAAUACGUAUUUACGAACAAGCGCAAAAAUAAUAAUCGCUUUAUGAAUUAGAAAUAUUUGCAUUCUAAAAUUACGUGCACUUUAAAGUAAAUUUGAAGUGUUGUACAUUAAUUUCGCGUCGCUCCCUUCCAACAAAACACAAAGUUGGAAGACGUUACGUCUGGGUAAACAAAUAACACCCGCGGUCUCAGGCUAAUGUUGAAGUGCGCUAUGUUAUUUAAAAAUAUGAGUCAUUGAUAUUUUACGAGCUCCUCACGGAGUCACAGCGCGGUAUCGGUUAGUAAUAUAGUGUCAAGGUAACUGAAUACAUAGUUACGGCGCAUCCUUGCUUAUCGGGAUGUGGCUCGCUCAGUUUACGUGAUUUGCUUCGUAGUGUUGUACAGCGCGUAACAGGCUGAAUAACAGACGGCCAAGUUUAUUAAUUUUUCAGAUGAUCUUCCAAGAUGGCGUAUCCGAACCAGUUGCCGCCGCCGCCCCCGCCGCAGACGAUGGGCUCCACGAACACCGUGUUUAUCACGGAGACGCGCUUCGACCCCUCGUACGUCAAGACGCUGCCGGGGAUCAUUAAAGUUGUCGUUAUUGUACUCAACCUAAUCGGUUUCAUCUGCAUCCAAUCAUCGGCGUUCUGGUCGAAUGGUCGCGGGGUCUACUUCAACAUAGUGGCGCACCUAGGGCUCUGGUUCUCGGGCGGUCUGCUGGUGCUGUACCUGUUCCACAUCGUGGAGAAGUACCACAACAUCAAGUGGCUGAAGAUCGAGAUGAUCGCCUACAUAGUCAUGGUGUUCCUCUACCUGAUUGCUUCGACUAUAGUUGUCGCGUUCGGGGCUGCCGCUUAUUCAGCUGCUGGGUUCUUUGGCUACCUAGCGAUGGUGGUAUACGGAGGAGAUGCCUUCCUCAAGUACAAGGCCCUGAAGGCGGGCGAGCUGGCGCAGGGCCACCGCGUGCUCGCCAAGCAGACACACGUCACCACGCCGCCAGCACUGCCCUAACUGCAGUAGGAACAGCUGUCGGUGAGGCUAUACAUUUAAGAGACUAGUGAAGUGUUGUGAACCUAAGAUGCUGUUCAGUGUUAAAAGGAGAUUUGCGGAAAGCAUACGUUGAAGGAUCAAGACCUAGUCUUUAGAGGAUUUUGACUUACGGUUUUGUUACAUUUUCAUCACAGUUAUGAAUGCACUUCGUCGGAUAAACUUCCAUUACGCAGUUACAGACUUGUCGACUGAAAUCAAUCUUAGCUCGUAGCAUUAAGGACCAAACUUCAACGAUAGUUUCAUAAUUGUUCAUUUUAUCACAAUUUUAUUACAAAGACUAGUGUUUAAGUGUAAUAUUUUGUAUUAUAUUUAAUUCCCACCUAUUUAUUUUAGUCGUCCAGCCUCUGGCAUUGAGAUUAAUCAUUUGUGUCAAUGAUAAGCCUAUUUUUUCGACUGAUAAGCAAAUGCAACGCGUCAGAUGAGAUAAAAUGCAAUGAAAUAUGAAUUCUAAACUAAACGAUUACGUCAUGCUGAAAAUGUUUUGAAAUGAGUAUUGUGGAAACAAAGGACUUUCAAUCUUGCUCCAUUGCUAGAUAAAAUAUAUUGUGAAAAUCUCUGAAACUUUAGAGAUUAUAGGCUAAAGGAAUGAAGUAGAAGCAAGCAAUUGUCUCAAUGAUACAAGACAUUUCGUCAUGGAAAAUAAAUAGUUAAACAACGGAAACUGAAUGUACUAUAAAAACUACUUCGCUCAUCAGCAUUACAUUGUAAAAACUUAAACAUUGUAAUUUAUUGCUUUGACAAAUCCCACAUUAACAAUGUCACAUUUGGCGUGCACAUUUUGGUUACAUGUAAAAUAUUAAAACUAUAAAUAAACGGUCUAGAAUUUAGCAGUUUUACAUCUUAUAACACAAAAAUGUUGGAAACUAGGAGUGGAAUAUAUUAUUGCACAAGGGCAAAUCAUACCUCAAUGUGUAAGUACUUAUUAGAAAGUUAUUCAUUUAAUUUUGAACAUAUUCAAUAAUUCGUUUGUACUAUGCCACAAUCACUAUAGACUUAUUUGGUAACCAAAAACCGUCAUCGUUGUUGGUUAACCUACUCAUAAACUACAAUGUCGAAUAUAAAGCCCUAAACGAGAAUAUGAAUAAUUUUAUUACUUAUUAAAUAAGUUACAAUUUCAUGACAAAUGUAAUCUUCAGUUUUGAUCAAUGAACGACACUCUGCAAUUUGCUAUAAGUAACAGCAGAUUGUUAGUAAAAUAAAAAGUGGAAUGACUAGGUAGAGGACUGACUUAAAAUCAAACUUGGUAUAUGAAGCCUUAUGCCAUUGACACAGCUUCUAAACAAAAUAUAACCGAUAGCCUUAAUAGGUAAACCUUUUAAGAGUAAUGACCUCAUUUUCACACGAUAUAUUAUGACGAAUGUUGAAUAUGUUUAACAAUAUAAAGUUAUCGUAUUACGUGCUUGUAAAAAGAAUUAUUCUUAGAUAUUUAUUGUGAUAAUAUUGCUAAGUGCUAACUUAUACUAUUAUGUACUAAUCAUCUUCAGAGUUUAUUUUGUAAAUAAUAAAUCAAUUGUAUUUUUUUUACUAUUUAAAUAUAUUUUAAGUGCUUAUGUCGUGUAUGUCCGUCUACUUAUUGGAAUAUUAUGGGACCUCUAGUACCCUUCGCCUUUAUGAGAUUAUGCUUGUGAAAUAUGCUACCAAUUUUACGCGUAAAAAAAAAAUAAGUUAAAAAAAAACUGCUGCUUGGAUUUUCAAUAUGAUUUGUUCCUCUCAGGUGUAUGUAAGGGUAUAAAAUAAAGUUAUUAACUUCUGCAAUGUUAUCGUUCUUGUGUAAUACGGUUUAUUUUUCUUUGUACAAAAACAUACUAUUAUGACUUUAUUAGAUUGUCGCUUUAGAUUUAAGAUGUCUGUGUAAACUUCCGUCCACAUAUGCUUUGCUCACAUUCGUGUCAAAUACCUAUUAAUAUCUAAGUAAUGUGAAUUUGCCAAGUUGUGCUCACUAUUGUAAAUUUUGCUCCAAUCACAAUAUGUACUUUUGAUAUUGCCGUAAUAAAAUUGUGCGAUAUUGUAAAAUUACUAUAAUUAGUAUAUAUAUUAAAUUGAAAAAAAGCUUUUGUAAGUUUAUAAACGCCGAAAUAUAUUCGCUUACAUUUUUGAUGGCUUUUUUCGACUCAUUUAACAAAAAGUUUAUACCUAUAAAUAUUAAAUUUAAAGAAUGUUAAACGUAUUUUAGAUAUAAUUAAAAAUUCUGUCAAACGGGUGUUUUUAGUUCUCUUUAACACGAAUAACUUGCGUGAUAGCUAUAUACGGUCAUAUUAUUGACGAUAUUAACAACAGUGUUAUUGUAAAUACUUAGCAAAUAAGGAAAACUGUUUAUCUGCUGAUUGUAUAUUAAUGUAUGUGUAAUAUAUAGGUAUUAUUUAUGGAAUUUUAUUUAUUCCGAUCGUUUGCACAUGAAAUUCGUCAUUUAUUUUAAUUCAAAUGUAUUUUUAUAUGAAACUAAUGUAGAUAAUUUGCUAUGGUUGUCCGAUAGCAAAAUAAAAUGUCUGCUGUAAUCACAGAAUACCUUUUCUACAGUUUUAUACAAGGUUCUUAUUUGUUAUUAUUUAAAGUAUAAUGUUACUUUUAUAACUUUAAAAAUAUUAUAUUUAUAAAUAUCGUCUAACUGAUAUUAUUCAAAAUUGCAUUCGUUUUUACAUUCGGAGCAAAUGUUCUUUAAAGCAAUAAGGUUGCUUUUUCUAAAGCACUUGUGGCACAGAUUUUGAUCACUGAUUUGCCAACUGUGCCUGUGUAUGAUGCACUGUAUCCGGUUUGACCGGCUUUUGUUAUUUCCUGUCAUUGUUGUAUAAAAUAAAACUACAUAAAUGUG